UGCUGUAUUGACUGUCAACUGAAAGUCCGACUGCUGAGGAUAUACCGAUCGUUCUUCUUAAUUCUCGUUGACUACAAAAUUUGGGUAUACUACAAUGUGCACUAAUUAAGAAGAUGGAGACAUAAUUGUUGUUACCAUGGAGACCACAGCACCUUCUCUCCUUCACUGUCCUUCAGAAUAUUCCGAGUGGCAGUGUUUACCAGAUAACAUACUACUACACAUCUUCUCAUACUUACCAGCCUCCUCUGUCCUUCAGGCUUCAAUCACAUGCAGGUGUUGGUAUAGAGUAAGCAAUGACGAGUACUUGUGGAGGUCCAUGUUUUACCGUCACUGGCAGAUUGACAGAUCUGUCCCCAUUGCACCCGGCAGAACAUCCUGGCUACAGGAGUACAAACGUUUAUACUACCGCACACCCGUCAUUGAGAGUGAGGUCAUCCGACAGCACAGUGAUCAGGUCCUCCACGUCAGCUUCUCUCAUCACGGCAAGAUGUUUGCCACUUGUUCAAAGGACGGCUAUAUACGGGUAUGGAAUGCUCUGUACCCAGUGACUUUGAAGUACAAGGAGGAUAUGAAGAUGUUGACCUGGAAGUACACACAGUUUUCACAGUUUAAUGAAAGUGACACACUUCUUCUGGUAUCAGGGGUCCACUUUGGUGCCAAUAGCACAUCAGGAGAGAUUGCUGUGUUCAGUCUCAAAGGCGAGUUUGAGUUGCAGGCUCGUGUGAUAAACAAGCCGUACGACGUGUUUGGGACGUGGUAUAAUGACCAGUACCUGUUGUCUGGCAACCUUUACUGGACUGGCCAGCUACAGUCCUGUUCUACACUCUGUCUCAACAAAGCCUCACAGGAGACCGAGUCAGAGCAUGAGUCUGUGAUGAUGAAGCUGUACCGCUUCUACAACAUCAACGCCAGCUCCAUUCGUACCAUAAUGGUGGCCGAUUAUUCCCAGGAAACCAACUACAACUCCGACGAUGAUGUGGCUAAUGGUCACAUGUCCAAGUGUACACCAGGGGCUAACAUGAUUUUGGACAACAAUAAACGAGCUGAUGAUGAUGUCAUUGAGCAACAGGAACCUGUUGAGGAAGACCCAGGCUGCGAGCUUGUAGACACUCCAAAUGUACAGGGAGCUAUGGGUGGUGCUGUUCGCCACCUCCAGAGUGUGCAAGUUUAUGAAAAUGGUGCAUUUCAGAAUAGACUGAUUCAGCUGGAUGAGGACGAAAAUAAUGAUCGACGCAAUGGGACGAUAGAGUAUGGUCAGGACUAUCGCCAGGCACAGGACCAAAUUCAGUUUGUCCUGGAUUCAGAACAGGCAGAUUCAAGUACUGGCACACAGCCCAAUGCCAUGGUAACAAGCCAAUCCAAUAAUAAUAGGGUUUUGUGUAAUAAAGACAAAAAAAACCUUACAGGAACCAAACCAACAUGCCAAACAAAUGCUAUGCACAGACAUUCUGAUACCAUGACAACAAGCCAACCAGAUUGUGUAGAAAUGUAUAGUCUGCCAGAUGCUAUGGUAACCAGCCGUGUCAGUGACAGUCUGAUGACAAACACUAUGCCUGUAUACAGUGGCUGUAACCAGCAUAGUAGCCAUGAAUUUGUGAGUAGUGACAAGAAGGAAGCUUGUCGCGAAGAGAGGAAGUAUGGGGAGAAGAUGUUACAAGAUGAGGAGGAGGAGGAGGACGAGGGUAACUGUCAGGACUUCUGCCACUCUGGGAUAUAUAUGGAUGGCUCAGUGUACGGCUCUCCCUUACGGUCCCAAUACUUAGCCACACAAAAUGUCGCUACGGACAAAAACUCAACCAAGUACUGUGUAGUAGGAAGCAGUGAUAUCGGUAGGUCAGAUAAGGAUCACAGUGUCGACAAACCUCCCUCCGAGAAAAAAGCGAACCUGGUAAGAGACAAGUACCUUGUGUUCACAAUGGGUUCAGAGACAUAUACACCCCAUCAGAUAGGCAUCAAGCGUAUCAAGUCGCUGGCAAAUGUUGCAGGUUCCAAUUCCACGUUGUGUCUUAUACCCAAUGUUGACGAACAGCCUGAAGAACCCGCAGAAAAUCAGCCACACGACAGUGUGGACAAGAUUAUUGACAUGCAUGGCCACAUCAUUGGCAUGUGCUUCUCGCCAGAUAACAGAUACCUCUACGUAAACAAUCGACCCUGGCCUAAGAACUAUUCAAUUGAGAAUCCUCUGUAUCCACCACCCAUAGCCCAGGAGAUUGACAUCCAUGUUAUAGACCUACUCAAGAUGAAGGAAGUAGGCACAAUGCACCGCUCACACAAAGCCUACACACCAAAUGAUGAGUGCUUCUUCAUCUUCUUAGAUGUUUGCAAGGAUUAUGUGGCCAGUGGAGCAGAAGACCGGCACGGUUACAUAUGGGAUCGUCAUUAUGGUGUGUGCUUGGCACGCUUCCCUCACACUGAUGUUGUCAACUCCGUGGCAUUUAACCCACGGGACACAGAGACUCUCGUCACAGUCAGUGACGACUGUUCCAUCAAGGUGUGGAGGUCAAGGUCACGGGAACAUGAGGUCAAAGUGGACAAUUUACCUAGUCUGUGUACACAGUCUUAAAUCUGCAUUGUGUGCAAUUGACAAUAUUCUCCUUAUAAAACUUGAUUAUAAGGCGAUAUCUACGAAAUGAUUCAAGUUUGUGAAAUUUGUGUCUAUUUUCUAAAGCCAUAUCGACAAUACAAUUAUGAUGACAAAUUUUUGAUAAGACACAUUUAGUUAAUAUGUGUCAAUUCACCUUAAAGUAUCCUAUUGAUAAUGGAGUUAAAGGGACAAUUUAGUGAAGUAAGUUUUAUUCAUAACCUUGUCACAAAACUCUUCAUGAUUAUAUACAUGUAGCUUGAUACUCCCUAUGAACAAUUCAGGUCGUGAAAUUGACAAGAGACAACGUUUUUUUGGCGUUUUUAAUCCAUAAUGGAGAAAUCCUUAACUGUACAGCCGUACGUUUUAGCGGCAGCUGUUGGUGAAUUUUUAGCUAACAAAAAUGUCUUUGCAGUCGAGGAGAGAAGGUAACUUCUCGCUUUAUUCGCCUAGACUCUCUAAAUCUAUUUUGAAUCAAAAUCAUCUACCAACAGCAUCUAAAACAUUGUUAUAAAUAAGUGAUCUAUUUUACGUUU